AUGGCCAAUCGUUUUUGGCCAAUUUUUAAUGUAUCAUUGCGACGAGGUUUUCACUCAUCACGUUCCGCCCAAAGUGUGCCACGCAAACGAUCUAUAGCCCGCGGAUUUGCAUUCGGGCUGACCGGUUGCAUUGUCGGUGCCACAACGUACGAUGGUUUGGUGAAUGGAUUCGAAAACAUACAAGGUGCCCAACGUUUUCUACGUUCCCUUGCUAUCGGUCUCAGCAUAUCGGUUGAUUACGCCUGGAGCUUGAAGGGGCUCCAGGAAGGCGAUGGUCUGUACGAAGCAGUACUACCCGAGAUUCAUUUACGAUCGGCGAAAAAACUACUCGAUGGAUGCCUUGCGAAUGGUGGGCUGUACAUCAAAAUUGGCCAAGGUGUAGCCGCAGUGAACCACAUCAUACCGAAAGAGUACGUCGAUACGCUUCGACAGCUGGAGGAUCGCUGUCUCACCCGGCAGCCGGGCGAGGUGCGUUCAUUAUUCAUUGAAGAUUUCGGAUCGCCACCUGAAGAGAUAUUUGCCAGCUUUCAAUAUGAAGCGAUAGCGGCCGCCAGCCUAGCCCAAGUGUUCCGUGCUGUCACCAAAUCUGGUGAGCAGGUAGCGGUCAAGGUGCAGUACGCAGAUCUAAGGAAACGGUUUGACGGGGAUUUACGCACGAUUAUGUUCCUACAGCGGCUUGUGGCACUGCUACACAAGAAUUACAAUUUCGGAUGGAUUAUAGACGAUCUGCAAGGAACGCUUCGGGAGGAGCUGGAUUUUAUACACGAGGGCAAAAACGCCGAACGUUGCGCCAAAGAUUUGGAACGUUUCGACUCGGUGUACGUUCCGAAGGUGCUGUGGAACCUAACAAACGAACGCAUCCUGACGACGGAAUUUAUCGAUGGGUGCAAAGUAAGCGAUCGUGACUCGAUUCAAGCAAUGGAGCUUAAUCUAUCCGAGAUCGAUAAACAAUUGUUUACCACCUUUGGGCAGCAGAUUUUCUCAACCGGGUUCGUACAUGCCGAUCCACACCCAGGGAACGUGUUUGUCCGUAAAGAUCCAUCCAAUAAGAAACGACUCCAGCUCGUCCUUCUCGAUCACGGGCUGUACGAGCAGUUAGCACCAGGUGUACGGGAAAAUCUUUGCCGAUUCUGGGAGGCGAUUGUCCUUCGCGAUCACGCUGCAAUGCAGCACUACUCAAACGCAUUGAACGUAGCUGAUUAUCGUACGUUUGCGGAAAUAUUGCUACAGCGGCCGCUGGAGUUGAAAGGUACGGGAAAGUUCUCUACACGACUAAGCGAACAAGAUGUUGCGUAUAUGGCGAAGCAAGCGAAGGAACAUUUUGACCGUAUCAUGGAAACACUAAAGUCUAUGCCAAGAAAUUUAAUUCUCAUUAUACGCAAUCUAAACACGAUACGUUCCAUCGCACGGGAUCACGGCGAUCCCGUCGAUCGGCCGAAAAUACUGGCUCGCUGUGCACUGGCUGCCCUCUGUCCGUCUCGUCGCGAUGUACGCAACUUUCUGUGGGUCACUUUUCGCAAGUUGCGCUUCGAGUUUCUCCUGUGGCGACAAUCAUUCCAUUAUUGGAUCGUAAGCUAUUAUCUCAGGAUGCUGACGAGAGUUGGUCGUUCGCCGGACACUUCCCAUCUGAUGAAUAUUAAUAUUGAUGUGUGA